UGGCCCUCGCUAGAUUUAAUACUGCUGGCACCUCUCUCACCAAACUGUGACCAUUAUUCUUCUUGGCCUCCUCGUCGAUCCUAUCUCCUCUUUAUAUGCGUCUCCGGUCGUCACAUCACGCCACCAUAGAAGAGAGAGAUAGUAUCCACACAGAGAAGAGCGAAAGGGAGAGGAAGGUGGCUAGGCGCCUAGCUAGCUACGCGGGCAGCAACCCUGAGCUGAUCGAAUGGGGAACAGCCUGAGGUGCUGCCUGGCGUGCGUGCUGCCGUGCGGCGCGCUGGACCUGGUCCGGAUCGUGCACCUCAGCGGCCGCGUCGACGAGUACGGCCGGGCCGUGCUCGCCGGGGAGGUCCUGGCGGCGCACCCGAACCACGUGCUCAGCAGGCCCUGCGGGUCCAGGCAGCAGGGCGGGCCGCGGAUCGUCAUCAUCGUGUCGCCCGAGGCCGAGCUGGAGCGCGGCGAGAUCUACUUCCUCCUCCCGGCCGCCUCCGUGCCCGCCGACGCCAAGAAGAAGACAAAGACCAAGCGCGAGCCGAGUCCCGGCGCCGCCGCCGAGGAGGGCCCUCGGCACCAUCGCCACCAUCGGCUCCACGUCCGCAGCAAGUCGGAAGGCAGCGCGGCCACGGCCGCCGUCGAAGGUCGCCAGCAGCAGCAGCAGCAGCACCGGAGGCGCAUGAGCACCGGCAGCCACGCCACGUCGUGGCACCCGCACCUGGCGCGCAUCGCCGAGGACCCCUGAUCGAGCGCUGGCUCCCGGUCGUGCCGGUAUUGUCCUUUCUGCAUGGAUGGUCUCGUUUUCCUGUCUGAUCGCGUGGUAAAUAUUCUUGUUGCAUGUCUCACAUUUAUUACUGUCUUGUUAAGCUACCCCCAAGUGUACAUUGGAUUCAAGCGUCGCGUGUGUAAACAGAACAAUGCUGUGACCGUGGCAUAUGUUUUUCU